AUGGCCCAAAGUAAAUGUACUCGCACAGGGUUAGCUCUGUAUAAUCUGAUCUCUGCUGUAGGCUGGGCAUUUAUAUUUUAUCAAGUUGUAAGAACCUAUCCGAUGGUGGGGCAACCAGCCUUUUUUGACGUUACAAAGAACAUCGUCACCUUUGUGCAAUGUGGUGCCUUAAUUGAGAUCAUAAACUCUCUAUUUGGCAUCGUUAGAUCUCCAAUCGUUACGACUGCUGCCCAAGUUCUUUCAAGAUUGUUAGUGGUCAUUGGUAUCUUCCAACUAUUACCAGAGACACCAGCUGCUCAUUCCAUUUCUUAUAUCACUCUACUACUAGCUUGGUCCACAACUGAAGUUGUAAGAUACUUAUUCUAUUUCUUCACUUUAUGCAGAAAAGAUGGUCCACCAAAAGUUUUAUUACUAUUAAGAUAUAACUUGUUCUGGGUCCUAUAUCCAACUGGUGUUGCUAGUGAAUUGUCGAUCAUUUACUCUGCACUACCAAUUGCUGAGCGCGUUUACGGACCUUUAUACAAGUACGUUUUGGUCGGUUCCAUGUUGACCUACAUCCCAGGACUCCCAAUGCUAUUCAUGCACAUGGUUGCUCAAAGGAGAAAAGUAAUGAAGUCUCUCAAAGAAAAUCCAGCUAAGAAGACCAAUUAG